UGGGGGAGUGACUUAUAAGCAUGUAUCUCUUCGCAACCCAUCAUUUUUCUUUUUGUAAAGUUAAAGCCAAUUGCUUUUUUCUUGGGAUUCUUCAAAAUCCUUCAAUGUCUAUUUUGGCAAUUUCGUGGCUUUAUUCUUACUUCACCACCCAACCACAGGUAAAAAUAAGCUCAUAAUUUGAUAAUAUUGAGACUUUUUACAUUAUGUGAUGAUCACUGUCAAUUCCGUACCCCAAAAGCAUAAUUUGGACAUGUGAUCUAACAAUGGGCUUGUAAAUCACCCUUUUUUUUUAAUCAUUUUGAAGAUUGGAUAUUGCACCCAAGUAUAGGUUAACGGAAUGGCCUGGUCAAACGGAAAGUGGGUUGAGAUUUGGAGAGAGGCAGCGUUUAGGCCACCAAGCAUUUUCAAGGUGCAUAUUAAGACAUACCUGUUGUUCAAAGAAGGACGCUUCUCCAACUUUAUUAUAAUGGGCAUCAAAUCUAAAACAGAGGCACGGAGGCAUUGCUUAUUGGUUACUGUUUUUUUAUGGAAGCAAAAACAUUGGGAUAAAAUAAAGUUACAGAAAAGGAACAGUGCUGUAUAAGGAGAGUUGGGGAAUAGAAUCGUUGGCGGCGCUCUUGCCUUGUAUUUAUGGGUGUACUGUCAGAUGCAACAACCAAGUCUUGGGUUCCCUCCUUUGCUUUGAUUUUUCACGAUUAUUUUCCCUUUUCAUCCUCUAAACACCAGUACCGAUUCCCACACCUACCCACCCCCAAGUUGAUUAGAGUCUCGUACACAUGGCUUCUUCUUCAUCGUCUUCUUCUGAUGAUUGUAGGCCCAUUUCGAAUGAAGGUCAUGAGAGCCUGCAGGAUCUGGGGGGUGAUCUGAGUGCUCUUCAGAAGCACGUUGCUUUCUUUGACCAGAACAAAGACGGGACCGUCUACCCAUGGGAGACUUACAGAGGCUUCCGCGCAAUUGGGUGUGGUAUUUUCUUGUCCGCCGGCAGUGCCUUUUUGAUUAAUCUCGCUCUCAGUCGGAAAACUCGACCGGGAAAAUUCCCUUCUCUACUCCUCCCAAUUGAGAUAAAAAACAUCCAUAUGGCCAAACAUGGAAGUGACUCCGGAGUCUAUGAUAGUGAAGGAAGGUUUGUUCCUUCAAAGUUUGAAGAGAUUUUCACCAAGCAUGCGGGUGCUAAUUCAAACGCUUUAACAUCUGAUGAACUGCUGGCGAUGCUCAAGUAUAACAGGGUCCCAAAAGAUUACAGUGGAUGGCUUGCAAGCUGGACAGAAUGGAAGAUCUUAUACUUCCUUUGCAAGGACAAGAAUGGUCUACUACACAAAGAAACUAUUAGAGCAGUCUACGAUGGAAGCCUGUUUGAAAGGAUGCAGGAGCAUAGAGCUUCAGCUCGGAAGAAAGCUCCUCAUUCUGUCUAAAAAGGGGCAGACUGGUAGCAUCAUCCCUUCUGGUCUCGGGGGUUGCUGGUUGGAUUGCCUGAUUUUAGAAUUGAAUCUGACAUGGUUGUUUUUGUUUGUACAAAUUCAGCGAGUGUUUGAUUGGUGUCUGAAAUAAAAUUUUAGUGGAUGCAAAUUUAUUAUUUAUGGAGGAAAAAAACUAAGAUUUUCUUCUUUUAA